CCCUUUUCAAGGGAUUGCUUAUUAUCAUAUAAUAUUAUUAUUAUGCCUAACCUCCCUCACCUUCACUAUUCAAUUCAGUUAACAGGCAGGCUACUACCCCUCCCCCCUCCCACCUUUCACAAAUUCAUACCAAUCUCUAGCCUGGCGUUUUAUGAUUGACUCCUAGUUAUUUCACAGAUUGGCGAUUUUCCCAUCAAAACUUUGCGACCAACAUGACUGAAAACCUGGCAACCCUGGCCUCCUGCCCUGCCUGGAAAAAUAUAUUGUUUACAUUUGUUCUGUAUUUGUUUGAAACGUGCUCUAGGUACUUUUUUAAUUUAUUUUGAAUGUCAAUACUUGUGAUUCUUGUGGUCAAAACCAUAGUGAAACCUUGUUAUAUUCCGGUAUCUAUAGAAACAGUUCUUCAUUGAGCAGCGAAAAAGAAAGAAGUUUAAUCAACGCACAAGAAUACAAUUGCCUUAACUUCCUCUAGAUUAUUUUUGAAAGUUGAACAUGACCUCGGACUGGUACAACAGACUCCGAAAUGCGAAAAAGUCAUGUAUGGUAGACAGAAAUCUGAAGAAAAUACACUAUGCUUUCGAAAAUGGUCAAGAAAUGGUUGAGGAGUACAAUCUGGAUACAAAUGUGGUAACACGAAGAGCCUGGAAACAUAAGGGGGAACUGGAAUGCCAAGGUGAAUGGGACAUAGAGAUUGGCGAUCCUGAACCUACCUUUGAAAAAAAAGAUGAGGAGAUGAUCAGAGAAAGUUCAAACCAGCCAUUUGUAAGCAGAAGAAUCACAAAAUUGAACUUGGAGUGGCGAAUAAGAAACCUGCCCUAUCCAUUGAACACUUACUCAGUGACAGUAGAUAAUGAAAGUAAUGAUAGUGGAUGCCUAGUUGUCAGAACUACAAAUAAAAAGUAUUACAAAAGACUGCCAGUUUCAGAUUUGAAUAGGCUGAAUAUCACAUUAGAACAAGAACAUGUCUCAUUUACCCACAAAUUCAAUACCUUGGUGAUCUCAUACAAGAAGCCAAAAAAGCUGCUGGAAUUUGAAACGACAGUUUGGAAAGAGAUCGUUGAUAAUGUGAAACCAAAAGAUAUUGUGCCUCUGUCACCAAACUCUCCCCCAAAUCUAGAUGGAUGUAAAGCUAGUUGAAUUGUUGGUGUUGUUUGCUUAAUAAAUAUAAGAGUCUUUUAAUUGUGCCCUUUUCAGUUUUUAUCUAAACAGUGUUUGGUAUAAUUUGGCCUAAAUCACAUGCUUGUGAUCUGCAAGCACAUGAAGAAAGAGUUGUACUCUGAUCUUUGUGCUCUCUGGAGAGUGCAAAUUUUGUUUUUUCUCUUGCAAAAUAAAGAUAACUUGGGACUGACCACUGGCGCCUCAAACUUUAAGGUAGGAAACCUGUACAGGUACAGUUUAUGCUUGCGGCUCUUGUGAUUGCGAGGCCUUACGGCUCGCGUACACAAAAUCCGUUAUCGGCCGAACUGUGCUUGACCGUUAUCGGCCGAUAAAAUCAAACCUAUGUUAAAUAACGAGAGCGCGUACACCUACCACUACAACCGUCAUCGGCCGUUGCCGCCGAUAAACAGCAACAUUCGAUUCGAACUUGUUGGGAUUUCUCGGCAGUGCUUCGGCAAUUACAACAGAUGAAUGAGAGUCUUGUUUAUGGAUAUUGAAAAAUUAAUUGGUUGUGUUUAUAAUAGGCCGCUGUGUUUCAAGGAUCGAGAUGUUGUAAAACGGCUAUGGGCUGAAGUUGCAUUGGAAUCGAUAUAGAGAUUGCAGGAGUACAAAAAUGCAGCAACUUAAGAGACCAAUAUUCUGAAUUGCAUUAUAACAUAUUCUAAAAUAUUCGAAGAACUUGAUGGGUUGUAAUUUUAAACCCUCAAAAAGGUGGUUAAACUCCAUUUUAAAACACGUCUUUACUCCUGUUAAUCUGUAUUCAACAAUGACGGUCGACGGGCAACGUCCGAUGACGGCGGUAGUGUAUGCAGGCGAACGUCCGAGACAGUCGUCCAAACAGUUCAGUCCCGAUAUCGGACUAUAAAAAGUUUAUACGAUAUCGGAGUCGGGCGCCGAUCCGUUAUGGGAGAAAGUAAAAUGUAUGAAAUAUGUAUCUGUCUUUCAUAUCGUACGGCCCGAUAUCGAUGUGGUGACGGCACCAUCGGAUGCCCGUGAGCUAUAUCGGACGGUAUUGUUUCGUUUACUUGUUUGGUUACAACAUGGCGUCGUCAUCAUUUAAAUAAGACAUAAUUACAUUAAUUGAACUGGUAGACUCAAAACCAUGCUUGUGGGAUAAAACUCACGAAGAGUAUAAAAAUAAACUACUCCGAGACAAUAGUUGGCGAGAAAUAUGUGAAUACCUUGAAGAGUGAUAAGAAGUUUUAAAGCAGGAUGAGAAAAAAAUACUGAUAUGCAAAUUAUACUUUCAAUAAAUCUAAAAACAGAACUACACGUUUAUUGUAAUAAGUUUUUUGACCUAGAUCUUGGAAAGUUGCCAUGGUAAUUUGCCUACAUCUGAAACGAAAUAAUUAGCGAACGUUGCACGGACUCCACGUCCUGAUUUAUUAGUGGAUUCUGUCUGGGGUACUUGACAAAGUUUCUAGAGAUGAUCUUUCACUUAAAAUUAUGUCGUCUAUUCGAUAUCCAUCACGCUUCCUCACGAUGUUAUGUAAAAUAACACUGGCAUUGACUAUGUUUUUGGCAAAUUUUGGGGACACAUCGAUGGGCCGAUGGAAUGUUCUCCAUUUAUUACUUAUAAUACCAAAUGCGCACUCAACAUACCGACAUUAUCUGCAAAGUCUGUAGUUAAAUGCGCGUUGUUUUUGACUUAAAUGAUGUCCAGAAUAGCUUCGUCACAUAUGUACAUUCAUUGGAAAUGCAUCAUCAGUGACAAAUACGCAGGGAACUGUAAGUCCUCCUUGUGCUUCCCGUCUAUAGCACCGAGGCAAUUGAGAAAAGAUGUCCUUUUUUUAAAACCCUCUGCUACGGUUUUCCACUUUUGUUCAGACAUGUUUUCUAAAUGUUCACGAUGGAAGUUUUCCCAUAUUUUUUGGCAAACAAAAUUUAUAAUUUCACUCAGUGUAUUGAUUCCUAGCCUGUAAUUGUAAUCCGGAUCGGUCAGAGAGCAACCACUGGCCAGGUACCAGAAAAUUGUGGUUACAAAAACUUGGUUUUAGCGCACUUAAACUAUAUAUUGAUACCUUAGUAUAUUUCUAUUAAUAAGCUUAUUUUUAUUUCAGCACAACCCAUUAUAAACAAAUGGAAUAAUAUAAGAGACGCAUUCAUUAAAUCUCUUAAUGUAAAAUCAGGGCAAGCCGCAAAAAACCAUAUGUUUUUCAUGAAAACCUAAUUUGAAACUGAUGCCAAUAUUGUUUAAGAAACAGAACAGGAGCAUGCUGCUCAUGAUAAUGAACAUUCUGACAGUUUUACUGUACAUGAACCAAAGAAGGAGUAAUCAAAAAAUAGAAGGAAAAUAGAUCCCAUUGAGGACGGAACAUUAAAAGAAAUAAAUCAAAAUAAAUUUGACAACUCUGAAAGAUUAUCGACAUAUGACAGUUUCUUUACGUCUUUUACACCAUUUGUUAAAGAUAUGUCAGAGCCAGAGAAAAUACAGCUACAAAUGAACAUUAUCCAGUAUACAUAUACAAAAAAAAUUAAAGAAAAACAUGGCCAUUCGAUUCAUAGCAAUUCAAUAAACUCUCCCUCCCCUAUAUUCUUCACCUACAACUCCGUUGGUGAUCUAUUCGUCAUUGUCUGUCAGAGCGGUCCGUAGGACCUUUGCUCUUGGUUAAAGUCUUGUAAGUCAGUAUGUCUGUCAGGUCUGGUUGCUCAGAUACCAAUGAAAGUCAGGGAGAAAGAAGGGAAGAAGGAAGGAAGGAGGGAGAGCAAAGAAAAAAGAAGUGCGUCAAUUUGAGGGGUGCCUUGGCAUAGCUAAAAUUAGUAUUCGGCAAUUUUAAAUUGAUCCUAAAAUUAAUUGUGAGAUUGGUUGUUGAAGAAAAAUUAUAAUUUUGGUUGGACUUAAAGUUGCACGAUUUAAUUUUGUUCACAGUGCGAGUCGCGGCCUAGUGUGUUUGCGAACUUGCUCGACUGUGUAGUCUACUGACUCGCGCAACAAAGGGUUGCUAUGUGAUUCCGCUUGACUAUAGCGUACCUGUGCUUGUUGUUUGAUUUAGUCCUUUAGGUAAGGGAUGUCAAGGUCUCUGUUAAGGGUCUGGUUGAAAACAUACCAUGGGGCGUUAGUGAUUGUACGCAAGGUUCUGUUCUGCAAAACCUGCAGGCUACGUAAAUGCGUUUUGGCGAGAAAACACCAAGUCGCACUUGCGUAAGUGAUCGCCGGUCUAAUAACCAUCUUGUAUAGCCGAACUUUGUUGAUCAAACUUAAUUUUGAUGUUCUACAUAGCAUAGAGUAGAGUUGCCCAAACGAGAUUUGGAAUUUAGUUUUUAACGCUUCAGUGUGCUUCUGUCAGGUGAUCCCCUUGUUAAGAGUGACACCGAGAUGCUUUUAUUAAUUUUGAUCAGCCACCGAUUCGCCCAUUCCAAUACCUCGUUUACUGCACUUUACAGCCUGUCGUGAACUAGAUCCCCAGAACACAACUGGGCCACCACGACAGUAUCAUCAGCAUAGAGAUAGAUUUCACAGUUACUGGGGCGAGGGACGUCAUGAAUAAAAAGUGAAUACCGGCCCAAGAACCGAACCCUGAGGGCACCGGCUUUGAUGGGCCGUGUUUUCGACAGAACGUUAUUAAUUUUGAUCCGAAAUUUCCUACCCUCGAGGAAGGAUUUCAAAAGUUUUAGGAGAAAGAAGGGGAACCCCUUAUGGAUCAAUUUGUAGUGAAGGUCUUUUUGCCACACCUUGUCAAAUGCCUUUGAGACAUCCAGAAGCAAGAUGCCAGUACUUUCGUUACGGGUGAACCCCUGGUUACUCGUUCAACAAGCCUAAUGGUCUGUAGCUCCGUACUAUGCUCAGACCGAAAGCCAAAUUGUACGUCAGGAAUCACAUUGUGGUCUGACGACAAAUUUUCAAGGUGACGUAGAAUCACCUUUUCAGCGAGCUUAGAAGGAGCCGACAGUAGAUUAAUGGGCCGGUAAUCCUGGGGGAAUAUCGAAUCCACCUUAUUUGGAACCAUUAUGACAUCCGCGGUCUUCCACGCCGCUGGAAUUGCUGGGUCCUUAGCAUGGCAUUGAUUAUUGCCACGAGAUAAGGACUUCGCGAAAGUAGCUUCAGCGCCUUAUUAGUGAUUGGAUAUUCUCGCUUUACGCACCUUGAGGUUUUUAAUAUGACAUUGAAGCUCUGCUGGUGUGCAAUGCGGAGUCUCAGGAGAUUCCGCUGAUGUGCCAUGCAGAUCUUCAGUUGAGGAAUCUUAUGAACAUUCCUCUGAGGAAAAAUCACUAAGGGAGGCUCUACACUGCCACUGACGCCGUGCGCCCUAAAAUAUCUCCUGACGGAUCUUACAAUACGUUGCUCCUCGUCGAGGUCAUUAUCAAGGUCAUAGUUGGGAUAGAUAGAUAGAUAGAUAGAUAGUUUAUUGUCCUAUUAGAUCAUGUUACAUGAUAUAAGACUUGUCAAUAUCAAUUUGAAGGUCGUAUAUGCGUUUGAGCAAAUAUGCCAGAAAAAUACUUAUAAUUAUAAAUAAAUAAGGUCAUUACAAUUACAAAACAUUUUAAAAGGUUAAAUCACAUUAUCGGUACAGCUCAAGAAUCGUGAUGUGUUCAAUCUGUAACGGUAAAAAUAUAUACAUAUACAGCGACUUUUUUUAUCACAAAAAAUGUUCGUCUAGCCGGUAACAAUCAUUGAAGCUGAUACAAAGAAAAGCGGUAGGAGAAUCUGUUAAGAUGCGAUUCCACCAGUGUGCUGAACUGUGCGGCACUCUAAUGUGUGUGCAGCACAAAUGUUUCUUCUCUCACUUUUGUUGUAACAAAUUUAACGAAACACUAACGAAUUGACUACGUAAGCCUUCCAACUUUUUGAUAAUUAUAAAUCUGUGUGAAGUAGUUUGAUAUGUAUUUCACAGAAAAUGUGUAACUUCUUAUCCUUAUAUUAAACUUAAAUAUUGGGUGAGGACUUCAAGGCUUAUUAAAUGAGGAAAUCUAGAAUUAACUCACAGACAGUGAUUGGAAUAUUGAAGUUCCUUUUCUCGCUCUUCAUAAUAUCUAUAUCUACGUAUAUCUUACGAAAUUUAAAAUGGACUGGACGAAUGAUGGGAUUAUAAAAUUUAUUCAAGCAAUUGAAACUUAUUCUCUUCUAUGGGAUUCCAGUCACCAUGACUAUAAAAACACGACGCCACUCAAGAGUUGGCUCAAAGUUUCAAUUGUGACUCGACUGAGGUAAUGAAAAAAUGGAAAAUUAUUUUGACUCAGUACCGAAGAGAAAAGAAGAAAAUAGCGGAUUCAAAAUCUUCAGGUUCUUCAGAUAUAUUAUUUGUUAUUUUAUGUUGUUUCAAGAUGUAAUGUUACUUUCUUUUGCAGUCGUGCUAACACAAAUUUGUUUUUGAAAUCACCUGAAAGGGUUAUGUGUUUGA